UAGAUGCACAAAGGGCUGACUUGGUAUAGUCGUCUUACUAAAAUACUCCUAACAUGAAAAAAGAAGUUCUAAAAGAGGUUGAAAACCAAGCGGUGACAUAGAAAACAAAAACCAAACGGUUCUAAAUUGUAAUCUUCUUCAUAGCAGAAAAUCAAGCUUUUUUCCCUAAUUACCAGGCCAAACCUUAAGGACUUUGCUUCAGUCUUUACAGCUUUACAAACAGACAAAACACAUGCUCAUAACCCAACACUCAACACCAACACACUCGGGUCAGUCUUAAAAGAGGGAAAAAAUCUUAACUUUUUGAUGCUUUUGAGUUUUUCAUUCCUCUGUUCUGUUAAAACAUGGGAAACAAAAUUUGCACCAUGCUGCCCAAAAACCUGAAGAUUCAUAAGAAACCAAAACCAGAUGGUUUUGUUAAGUCAAAGGUUGUCACUUCCAACAAGAUUGCUGAUGAUGAUGAUGAUGACGUGUUCUUAACGCCCGAGUCAGAUUUUACUGAUUCUGAUGAAAAACAAGAGGAUCAUGACAAAAAGUUUCCAUCUUUUGUCUGUGAAAUCUGUGUUGAGCAGAAGGGUCUAAACGAUUCGUUUAAUCUCAAAGGCUGCACACAUUUUUACUGCAGUGAGUGCACUGUUAACUAUGUAAAAUCCAAGCUUGAUGAUAAUAUUACUUCCAUAUCCUGCCCUAUAUCAGACUGUGCAGGAGUUUUGGAGCCUGAAUUCUGCCGCGAGAUUCUUCCGGAAGAGGUUUUUAAUCGAUGGGGGCUUGCUUUAUGCGAGUCUCUGAUUGAUGGUUCUUUGAAAUUUUACUGCCCGUAUAAGAAUUGUUCAGGGUUGUUGAUUAAUGAUACAGGAGUUGAGAUUCAACAGACGGAUUGUCCGUUGUGUAAGAGAGCGUUUUGUGUCAAGUGUGAAGCUCCUUGGCAUUCUGAGAUUAGUUGUGAGAAGUUUCAGAAAUUGAAGAAGAAAGGUGAUGAUAGUAUGUUGGUGGAUCUUGCUAAGAGGAAAAAUUGGAGGAGGUGUCCUAAGUGCAAGUUUUAUGUUGAAAAAUCUGUUGGUUGCUUUUACAUGAAAUGCAGGUGCGGAUUUGCUUUCUGCUACAAAUGUGGUGCUCGCUCAAGCACGACUUCACAUGCUUGCCCAAAGUGUAAGCACUGAAUGUGCAUAAUAUGUCUUUCAUGAUCUCUUGCUAGAGUGAUCUAAACAAAAUAGGAAAUGGUUUUCGAACUCUAAGUUGAUGUAAAUAGUCUACAAUUGUUAUAUUCUAGAGUUAUGCAGCUAUUUUUAAGGUUA